AUGAGGUACAUACUGGUUCUUCACUUCACACUGAUGGCUGUCGCUGUCAUCAAUAACGACACCAACAGGUCUAACAAGCUGAUCAUUGGCUUCCAGGCCCCCUGGAAUAUCUCGUCCCCCUUCAGUGCCCUGCGGCUGGGCUCGGCCUUGCAGAUAGCCGUGGACAAGGUGAACACCAACCCCUCCCUCCUGGGGAACUACAGUCUGGAUUUUGUGUACACGGAUACAGACUGUAAUCCCAAAGUCUCCCUGGGAGGAUUCAUUAACCAGGUGUGGAGGGAGAACGUGUCUGCACUAUUUGGUCCGGCGUGUCCUGAAGAAGCCGAGGUUACCGGUCUCAUUGCUUCCACUUGGAACAUCCCAAUGUUUGCCUUUGUGGGACAGUCCUCCAAAAUGGACAACAGUGAAAUCUAUGACUCCUACAUCAAAAUUGUGCCCCCUCUUAAAAGAAGCGCAGAGGUCCUGGUGAAGACCCUGGAGUUCUUCGGGUGGAGUCACGUAGCGAUGAUCGGAGGGGGGUUGGAUUCAAACACUUGGGACAAAGUCGACGCUUUGUGGGACACCAUUGAGAAUCCGCUGAGAGAAAAAUUCAACGUGGCUGCGGCAGUCAAGUUUGAUACCAGCAAUCCUGAGCUGUUGUAUCAAAAUAUUCAGUUCAUCUCAACAGUCGCCAGAGUGAUUGUGGUGCUAACAAACAAAGAUGAUUCAAUGGCUCUGUUGCUGGAGGCUGAGCGACAGGGUCUAAUGAAUGGCGACUUUGUGUUCUUCCUGAUACAGCACUUUGAGGAUAACUUGUGGAAAUACGCCCUGAACAACAAAAUCCACAAUGCCGCCAGACGAGCUUUUGAUAUGACCUUCAUCAUCGGCCAGAAAGCCUACGAAGGCUACGAGUAUUAUGACUUCUUUGAGCAGGUUUUUGACAGACUGAGAGGACACCCGUUUCAGAGCAACCUGACAUCCGAAAGAGAGGUUAGCCCGUACUCUGCCUACCUGCAUGAUGCGGUGCUUCUUUAUGCGAUGGGACUGAAGGAAGUCCUCAAAGAUGGCAAAGACCCUCGUGACGGACGGCAGCUGCUGCAGAGAUUAAAAAAUAAACACCACAUUCGAUUUGACGGCGCCUCUGGACUGGUCCACUUUGACGAUGAGGGGGAGAGAAAUGUGGACUAUUCCAUUUAUGACCUGCAGCAUGUAGGAGACGUCACCAAGUUUGUACCCAUCCUCCAUUAUGACAGUCACACCAAAGCUGUCUGGCCAACAUCUAUGUUUGCCUCUGUGGUCUGGCCGAGCGGAAGACGUCCCUCUGACAAACCAGAGUGUGGGUUCAACAAUGAACUCUGUGAAUGGCUCAGUAAUGACAUAAUCCUGCUGGCUCUGCUCGUGACCUUCCCCGUCAUUGGUGUACUGGCAGUUUUGUGCAUCGGGGUCCUCAUUCUGCAGAAGUUACGUCUCCAGACGAGGCUCGAAGACGCCUGCUGGUGGCUGAUCAACUACAGUGAUAUCACCAUCAUCAGGGAGCACUCAGGAUUUCAGGGUUUAUCUCUGAGCACCACAGCCAGUCAGAGCAUGAGCAGCAGCUCUCAGUCCACUUUCUCCAAUAACAGUUUCGGCCUGAGGGACAAGACAGGGAAAGAAAACAUCUACACCACCAUAGGUCUCUACCAGGGAAAUCAAGUGGCCAUCAAGUACAUCAAGAAUCCUGUUUGCACUAACUUCCACAAACCUUCAGUUAUUGCAGAGUUCAAUAUGAUGAAAGAAAUGAAACACGAGAACUUGGUGCAAUUCUUUGGUGUUUGCACUGAGCCACCAAAUGUCUGUGUGGUCACCCAGUACUGCAGGAAAGGCAGUCUGAAGGAUGUCCUGAAGUUUACAGAUGUUGAGCUGGAUGCGAUGUUCAAGCUCUCCUUUGCUUAUGACAUUGUCAAUGGAAUGGAUUUCAUCCACAAAAGUAACUUGAAAUUUCACGGGAACCUAAAGCCCAGCACGUGUCUGGUGGACAGUCGACUCCAGAUAAAACUCUCUGGCUUUGGACUGUGGGAGCUUAAAUACGGCAGCAAAAACAAGAUCGUCCCACUGGAUAGCCUCAAUCAUGAAGUGAUGUACUGGACAGCCCCCGAGCUUCUGAGACAAGUCGGACUCCAGGUCAAUGGGACGCCCAAAGCGGACGUCUACAGCUUUGCCAUCAUCAUGUGGGAGCUCAUGUACAAUGCUAAGUCUGGUCCCUAUCAUGACAUCAAUCUGGAGCCCAAAGAGAUUAUCAUGCAGUUGCGGACACCUUACCAAGGGGAAUUCCUCCGACCACCUCUGUCUCAGGAACUGUGUGAUGAGAACAUCAACUUACUGCUGAAGGCCUGCUGGAAUGAAAACCCAGACCACCGACCACCGUUUGCUUCUAUACGGAGACAGCUGAGGGACAUCAGCCCAGACAGUCAUGCAAAUAUACUGGAUAAUAUGGUGGAAAAGUUGGAGAAAUAUGCAAAUCACUUGGAGGAGGUGGUGGAGGAGAGGACCAAUCAGCUCACAGCAGAGAAGAGCCGUGCAGACAAGCUUCUCUCCAGCAUGUUACCAAGACCGAUUGCAGAUCAGCUGAUGGCAGGGAAGUCCGUGGAGCCGCAAAGCUACGACAUGGUGACCAUCUUCUUCUCUGAUAUCGUGGGCUUCACGUCUAUGUGCUCUGUCAGCUCUGCGAUGGAGGUGGUGACGUUCCUCAAUGACCUCUACAGCCUCUUUGAUGACAUUAUCAAGAUGUACGAUGUCUAUAAAGUGGAAACAAUUGGCGAUGCGUACAUGGUAGCCAGCGGUCUACCUAUCAGCAACGGCUUUCAGCACGCUAUAGAGAUAUCCAUGAUGGCUCUGCAUUUCUUGAGUGCAAUCAAGAUCUUCAGAAUCCACCACAUGCCUACUGAGAAUCUUGCAAUCCGCAUCGGGAUACAUUCUGGUCCAGUGGUUGCCGGAGUGGUCGGCACCACGAUGCCUCGCUACUGUCUCUUUGGUGACACGGUGAACAUGGCCUCUCGCAUGGAAAGUAACAGCUUACCCCUGAAGAUUCACAUAUCUCAGUGCACCGCUGACAUUCUGGUCCAGGCUGGAUCGUUUGUGCUGGAGGAAAGAGGGGAAAUUGAAAUGAAGGGUAAAGGGUCUCAUAAGACCUACUGGCUGCUGAGCAAAAAAGGAUUUAACCCUCCUGUUAUUGCUCACAGCUCUCCAAAAUCUGACAGUCACAGACUACAGGCAGAGAAACUAGGAAUGGUCCGAGUCGCUGAGAAAAGGGCCCAGAAAACGCUGACCAAAGCCAUGAUGACAGCAGUGCACAUUUAAAGAACAACUGGAUAUUCUGACCAGAUUAAGCACAAUUCGGUGGGUGUCACAGAAACGACUUGUGAAGAGGAGACAAAAUGUGGACAGAGACUGGAGUGAUGAUAUAAAACACCGUAGAGCUGAGAGGAUCACAACAUUUGUGUUUUCAGACUCUUGCUAAAGAAAGCUAAAGAUACUUUCUAAUCUAAAAGGGACAGUUCACUCAGAAAUCAAAAAUACAAUUGUUUCCUCUUAUUGCAGAGUGUUGGAGGUAUCGGCCGUAGAGAUAUCUGCCUUCUCUCCAAUAUAAUGGAACUAGAUGGCACUCAGCUUGUGGUGCUCAAAGGGCUAAAGAAAUACAUUUAAAAAAACUCAACAGCUCUUUCCAGAAAUCCUGACCAGGUUACUGCAAGAUACAUUUUUCAGGCGCUGUGAGCAAACAAAACUACUG